AUCUACACCUUAGGACCCACCUACCUGGAUGACAAUGUCAAGAAGGAGAACGCCUCGCUAUAUUUGGCUAUCAUGUACGUGAUGGGAGCUCUGGGGCCAGCUGCUGGUUACCUGCUGGGAGGGGUCCUCAUUGGUUUCUAUGUGGACCCCAAAACUGCUGUUAACAUCGACCAGAGUGACCCCCGUUUCAUUGGGAACUGGUGGAGUGGCUUCCUGUUGUGCGCUGUGGCCAUGCUGCUGGUCAUCUUCCCCAUGUUCACCUUCCCCAAGAAGCUGCCCCCUCGCCACAAGAAGAAGAAGAGGAGGAAAAAGCUGAGCCUGGACGACCUGUCCAGCGACGACGACGUUCUCAAGGAGAAGAGCAACAACAAGAGCCAGACGGUCACCUCGUCUAUGGGCUUCGGCAAGGACAUUAAAGAUUUACCAAAAGCUGCAGUGAGGAUCCUGAGCAAUGUGACCUUCCUCUUCGUCAGCCUGUCCUACACGGCAGAGAGCGCCAUCGUCACCGCUUUCAUCACUUUCAUCCCAAAGUUCAUCGAGUCUCAGUUUGGGAUCCCGGCGUCCAGCGCCAGCAUCUACACCGGUGUGAUCAUCGUGCCCAGCGCCGGCGUGGGCAUCGUGCUGGGCGGGUACAUCAUCAAGAAGCUGAAGCUGGGGGCUCGCGAGUCGGCCAAGCUGGCAAUGAUCUGCAGCGGAGUGUCUCUUCUCUGCUUCUCCACCCUCUUCAUCGUGGGCUGCGAGAGCAUCAACCUCGGAGGAAUCAACAUCCCCUACACCACCGGGCCGACACUCACCAUGACUCAGAGGAACCUGACUGGAGGCUGUAAUGUCAACUGUGGCUGUAAAAUUCACGAGUACGCCCCCGUCUGCGGUUCUGAUGGCAUCACGUACUUUAACCCCUGCCUGGCGGGCUGCAGCGGCGUGGCCAAUGACAGCAACGGGGUCCGUAACUAUUCAGACUGCGCCUGCGUCCAGAGCCGGCAGGUUAUAACGCCGCCUUCUGGCGGUCAGGGCAGCAACCAGCUGCAGCUCGUCAUUGUCAAGACUUACCUGAACGAGAACGGCCACGCCCUGUCUGGGAAGUGCAAUCGCACCUGCAACACCCUCAUCCCCUUCCUCAUCUUUCUCUUCAUCGUCACGCUCAUCACUGCCUGUGCUCAACCGUCCGCCAUCAUCGUCACCCUCAGGUCUGUGGCGGAGCAGGAGAGACCGUUCGCUCUGGGAAUGCAGUUUGUUCUCCUCAGGACUCUCGCUUACAUCCCGACUCCUAUUUACUUUGGCGCCGUCAUCGACACCACCUGCAUGUUGUGGCAGCAGGACUGCGGCGUGCACGGCUCCUGCUGGGAGUACGACGUCACCUCCCUGCGCUUCGUCUACUUCGGCCUGGCGGCCAGUUUGAAGUUCCUCGGCUUCUUCUUCAUCUUCCUCACUUGGUACUCCAUCAAAUACAAGGAGGAGAGGGUGGAGCGCUGGCUGAAGCGCCACCUGUCUCCUGUUGACACCGUCGGCAGCUUGGUCUGCCACCCCGGCGGGCACAAAGGCCACGCCCGCACCCGCUCCUGCCCCGUCAACAUUCCUCGGAGCGACCCCAACACCCUCCCUGCCAAUGCGCCGCUGCGGGCCGGUGCCCUCAACCGCGGGGUCAGCACCCAGAGUUGCCCCGGCAACGAGCUGAAAGCAAUAACCCCUCCUCCUCCGGCAGCUGCAGCGACGCCCGCCCCGACUCCGGCCCGGUCGCUGGAGCACGUUUCAGUCCGAGUUUAAGGAAGUCUCCUCUCUGUCCUCUUUUAUUCUGAAAAGUCAGCUAGAGUUCAGCAGUGAUUGAAGGCUCUGCCCUUUCAAAAUAAGGUGACCAACUCCUGCAGAUAUUCUUAAACGCUGAGCUCUACUCGGAGCAGGCCCUCUUCUGGCUGAAAAAGAUUCUGGAUGAAGACUCUGCCCUCAUAACCUCCCCUGACCUGACCUCACCACGGCGAUAUGUGCCUUCUGUCACCUCAGUCCUCACAUGUACAGAACACGCUCCGUUUAAACUGCGCUCAUAUGGACGGAUACCUCAGCUUGACACCCCUCCUCUCUCACUCUUCAUCUCCUCCUCAUCAUGCGAGCGACUUCUGUCCUCUGGACUUCAGGAAAAAAAAAGCCCUGUGGAAAUGUGAUUCCUCAAGGAAGUGGAACCGAUGGCAUGGUGCUAUGUGAAGAACAGCGUUUGUGUCUGUUUGUUUUGUCUUUUGUGUGAAGAAAAAUCACUUGAAAAGAACCCAACCGGAGAACAGGUUACGGGGACAGGCAGCUCACUGAUCGCAUUCCUGUCUGACCUGGAGCUUCUGGCUGAUCCCUGAUGCAGUAGCUCUGUUCGCAGGCGUCCUGCUUCGCACCCAUCCACCCACACCCCCAAUUCUAGCAGGCAGCAUGAUUAGGGGCUUAGUCUGACCCGAAAAAGAUCAACAUUUUCUUCCUGAGCACAUUCCCGACCAGACUGAACUCUGGGAAUGUUUGGAACAGUCGGACGACAGUGUUCAGAGUUACAGAUGGCACCUGAACAGAACUUCUCUUGCUUUUGGUUCCAGUAGUUCGAGUCCAAAGCACUAAAAGUUCUGCCAAAUUUAGGAAUGAGUUUAAUAUUAAAAUAAAAUCACACCCCAAAAACUAUUUAAUUUUUCAGAAGAGAUGAGCUUCUGUAGGAUCAGAAUUGCUUUUUUUUCCCUUUAAUCUGAAGCAGUGUUAACACUUGUUUCUAGGAUGGACCCAAAUCCAGUUUUUGCACUUUUCCCCCCAAAAAACUCCUCCUCUGUCCUCUGAGGACACCUGCUGGUCGUCUGAGGAACUACAUUCAAACAGAGCUGGUGACAUGUGAUCGUCACAUUUAAAACUUAGUAAAUAAUACGAUUGUUGUGCAUAAAAUACACAGAACUAUGAAACUCUUGAGAUGAAUUAAAUCUCCAUGAGGAUUAUUCCUGAACAACACAAAGAAGUUUAGAUCAUGUUUGAUCUUAAAAAUAAAAACCUGAAGCUAUUUAAACCUGAUUAAAACAAUCCGCAGCACACUGUGGUGUAGCUGGAAGCACAUGGAAAGAUAAUCAGUUUUAAUUCUGGAUGAAUAUUUGAUUCAUUUAUUUAGUUAAAAGCUGCUUCUGGAGGUUUAUCUGAAAACGGUGAAAAACUGACAUUUAAAGCUUAAAUCUGGACCCAGUUUCACUCAUGAAAAAAGUGCAGCUAAAACGUGACACUCUAAUUUCCCUCUUGAUUGAUUAAAUCAAGUCUUUGUUCUUUAAAAAUUUAUUUUUAAAAACGUAUCUAAAAUUUUGCAUUUUUUUAAGUAUAUCUGCAACGGAAAAGGUUAUUGUCAGUAUUAAUCCCUGCAGAGAGAAACCGCAUCUUAAGUCUUAAUCUUUAGUAGUUUAAGUGAAAACUUGGGGAAAAAGGACCAAGCAGUGAAAAAGGACCUUCAAUUUUAUGUAAAAGGAGAGAUGUAGUUUCAUAAUGAAAAAAUCUUAAAAAAGUAUUUUCUCCCUUGGACAAAUGGACAGAAAAAAAAAUCAAAUUUAGGUUAAUAAUUAUGUUUGAAAGUCAUUAAAUAGAAAGACAAAAAAGUUAAUAAACAGUGUUUAGUUUUUUUUUCUUCAUAUAUUUAAAGUAAAACAUGAACCCAACCGACAGGCUGGAGCCAGCAAAUGAUCUCUAAUGUAAUCCUUCAUUGUAAUUGAUUUUUUUUUUAAAUCAGGACAUGCAGCUGGAGUAUAAUGAAUAAAUUCAUGUCUUUGUGUUAAUGAGGUUAACUGGCAAAAUGUGAGAAACGUCAAACAUAAACCCUCUAAGUAUUUAGUGGUUUCCAGAUUCAACUGUCUAAAACAGGGGUGUUAAAUAUCGUGCCCUCCACAUGGUUUAAUCCGGCCCAGUCAUAAAGAGAAAAACAAGUAUAAGGAUGUUAAAAAAAAGAUCAAGUUUCUAGCCCAUUCCUGUGGAGAGUUAUGAUUAUUUAAAGAAAUGACCGCAAUGCUGAAUUCCGCCACUAGGGGGAGCAAAGGAAAAGAAAUACCAGCAAUAACAAGAGAUUAAAAUCAACAGCAUAUCAUUUAGAUAAAAUGCAGUUAUCAGGUUUGACACCACAAUUACUGAAAAGUAAUUGGGGACAAAAGUUCAUAAUAAUUAAAGCUCCAAUAAUAUUAAUAAGUGAUUAGGCAACUAGGUUAUUUGAGGCAUUUUUCCAACUGAGGUAAAAACAAAACAAAACUACAGAUGACAUGUUGACCACAGGUUAUUUUAUUAUUAUGUUACUACGUAAAACAUUAUUACAGACAAACAUGUAUUUAAAAAAAGAAAAUUCAAACGAAAGUUUUUAACAAAAACUCUCUAGAAUUUAUCAAUAUUUUUUUCUCUUUUCCUACUCAAAUUGUUCAGUUCCUGAUGAUUUUUCUUUCAAGUUUUUACAUUUUCUAAUCAGCUGUUUUCCUCUGCAUCCAUUUCUGCACACACUUGAUCCCACAAAACCCACUAAGGUGGAACACAAACGCACCAAUCAAAUGGAGGCCUUUCAAAGUGUUGCCAGCUAACCUCGUUUUCAGAGAUGAAUCCUUUUGAUUUUAACCGUGUUGUGAAAUCCUCAAAUCUGUUUCAAAUGUUUGUAAGACACUCAUGUUUCAGGAACGCGUUUGUUCAAUGAUCACAGUUUGGAGUUUGCUUCAGUGAGUGUGAAAAUGUGGAAUCAAAGUCUGAGGAAAGGAAACCUUCAUCUGUAGAAGAAAAAAACACAGCAGAUCAUCUCAUUGUUCUUCAGAGCAGAGAAGAAAAGCUGCUUUAAUGUCAGCGCAGUAGAAACAGUAGAAUAGAGUAGAAAAGCAGCAUUCUGUCUUUGUGUGAAGAGAGCAGCAAAUAAACAUGACGGGUGUUUCAGACGGUCGUCCGCCUUCCUUCUGUUUCAUGGAAACGACAGACCUCAAACUCUUCAGAGUCUCACCGUGGAGCAGCUUCAACGCCAGCUUCAGCGUCACGUCCUCAUGCUCCGCCCCCUGAGCCCCUGCAGGCGGAUGCAGCCCCACCCACCCCCUCCUUUUAUUAUCAGUAUUUAUUUGAACAGCGCUUCUGUCUGACUGGAAAGAAAAAAAGAAAAAAAAAACAACGCACUGAUGAGGCAAAAUGUAAACUCUGGACUCACCGUUUACAGCUGCCUUUGAAACUUGACUUCUGUCAAAAAAUGUGAAAAUAAAAUAGUGUUAUAGAAACA